CUCCGCUGCCUUCCUGUAGCCCUCGUGCCCCUUGCCUCUCCCACCCGGCGUCGGUGCGGACAGUGACGGGGACUGCGCUUUUCGCGUUUCGCUCGACAUAGGAGGAACUCGCCAAUUUCAAAAUGUCAUCAGUCAAACGCCUUGUCUAUGCAGUCAUCCAUUUCCUGAGAGAGCAGAGUCAGAUGGAUACUUUCACUCCAGAUGAACAAGAAAGCUUGGAAGUUGCAAUUCAGUGUCUGGAGACUGUGUUUAAGAUUAACCUGGAAGAUACUCAUCUUGCUCCUCCACAGCAUUUGAUAGAAAUUUUCACAAAUUCUUUUCAUAAGAAUGACAUGCUGUGUCUCUCGGAUUCUUUACCAGAGGAUGUUGAAAAGGCUGAUCAGCUGAAGGAUGAAGGUAAUAAUCAUAUGAAAGAAGAGAAUUAUGGUGCUGCAGUCGAUUGUUAUACUAGGGCUAUAGAACUGGAUCCAAAAAAUGCAGUCUAUUAUUGCAACAGGGCUGCUGCUCAAAGUAAGCUCAACAACUACAAUGAAGCAAUAAAAGAUUGUGAGAGUGCCAUAGCAAUAGAUCCGAAGUACAGCAAAGCAUAUGGCAGAAUGGGGUUGGCUCUGACCUCAGUGAAUAAAUAUGAAGAAGCAGUUACCAGUUAUCAAAAAGCACUGGAUCUUGAUCCAGAGAAUGACUCUUACAAAUCAAAUUUGAAAAUAGCAGAGCAGAAACUAAGAGACAUGUCCAGUCCUACUGGAACUGGACUGAGUUUUGACAUGGCAAGCUUGAUAAAUAAUCCUGCAUUCAUUAGUAUGGCAGCAAGCUUAAUGCAGAAUCCUCAAGUUCAACAACUGAUGUCAGGAAUGAUGUCCAACGCCAUUGGUGGCCCUGCUGCAGGUGUUGGUGGCCUGUCAGAUUUGUCCAGCCUGAUCCAUGCGGGGCAGCAGUUUGCACAACAGAUACAGCAGCAGAAUCCAGAGCUCAUAGAGCAACUGAGAAAUCACGUCCGGAGCAGAUCUUUCAGUGGCAGCACUGAAGAGCAUUCCUGACUUAAAGGAGGCAUGUGAAUUGGAAUGGUAUAUAGCCCCAAAAUGCGUACCAUAGUUAGUAGAAAAAGCACCAUUGUAACUCUUCUGCUUGAAUAGAAGACAGAAAAUUCUUUGUGCGUGUUUGCAAACAAGAAUAAUCUGUUAAACAGAUCUGUUGCACAUAACUUGGAACAUAUCAUUUAUGUAUAGUUAACUCCUGCAAAUUAAUACACUAAUAGGUGGUUUAUUAAAAUCCCUAAGUACAAGUAAUUUUCAGUAUGUGCAUUAGAUUGAUCUCCAGGGCUAUUGAGUGAGGAGUUUUGUAAUGGGCUGAUCUUGUGUAACAGCUUAAUUCUAAAAUCCUACUGUAAAAGGCAUGUUAUUCUUAUGUAAAAAUCGUUAUGGCUGUACUCCUGUUAAAUAUGGAAAUAGUAGGCCCAUCUGAUAUGCCCUUUUAUAAUGAGCAUAAAUCAGUGUUGGAGUAUAGAGUACACUUAAAACUAAUGCUUGACAAGUCUCUUUCUUUAAGCCUGUGGAGGGGCUGUCACUAGUAACAUGAAAUAUUUUUCAGCUUCACUGGGUGGGAGGGCAGAAGAUGGUUGCAUACAAACAAGUACCACAGAUUGUUUAGAAGACACUAGUUCUGAGCAAGAUAAUACAUAGAAACCGAGAUGGAACUUGGUUUGGGAAAGGAAAUAGUAUGAAGAAGUUCCAGGCUUUUCCACUGCCAUGUAUACCUUCAGAUCAUGAUGGUAGCCCUGGAGGUCAGCAUUAUGGCACUAUUUUCUUACGCAUGGCAAACUGUAUUACAUUCUAUAUGUAUGCAGUAUUUAACAUCAGCUUAAAAUUCAUAACUGUAAUAAGCUAAAACAGAUCCUGUGACUGUACAAAUAACUAAUACUGAAAAUGUAUAAAAAAUAAUUUGCCUUAGAAAGGAUUCUCUCUAUUCUUGUGUGGUAAGUUGCUGGCCUAAACAAUUAAUAAUAUUUUUUUAAUUUAUUUAUUUUUUUAAGUUUCAUUACAUAUAUCUAUGUUAAAGUGAUGGUUAUAUGGCCACGGUAGAGGUUUUUCGACUCUAUAGCAUUUCUGUUCCUACUCUGGCUUUUCUUGCUCAGUUAACCUUACUCUUUCGGAGACAACUGCUUUUCUGUAUUUUUAUUACAUUAACUCUUUUAUGCUGCUUACUGUUUACACAGCUUUCUGGUACAGUGUGGGUUUGGUUUUACUCCAGGGAGGUUCUCAAUGCUCACAUUUUCCUCUUUCAAUAUCAAAACUAAUUUGAGGAGCCUGCUUUGAUUUCUAAGACAGUGAUAUCUGCUGGCCAGACAGACUGGAGAAGGUGUGUGGAGGAUUAACAUUAGACUCUCAAAUAGAGAAAGACACAGGAACUUCUGGACCUGACUUCAUAUCAGAUUCAUCUUGCGGUCAAAAAAGAGCACCUCAAGUAGGAAUAAAUGCAAAAUUUGGAGUCAU